AUGUCAGGCGCCGGCGAUCCCAUCGACGAUGAAGACGCGUUCCUUUAUGGCACAUCGAAUACUGAGAUUACACCGUCACAUGAUGCUGCUCUCUCAGUAGAACCCUCGUCCGAAUCACUGGCUCGUCCUGCCGACACAGGCCUCGAGACGGCGCGGCCAGACUCGUCGGCUGCCGCGGGUAUCGAGGAAGACAUUGAGUUUAUUAUUGACCCAAAUGCACCACUGGUACCUCCUUCGCGGACAAUGUCGUUCGCCCCGCCGGCGCCUGCAUUCAAGCAGAAUAUCAUUUCGACAGAAUCCCCUGUAAUCACAAACGACCAUGUCGAGCCUCCCGCUGCGCCGUCUCAGCUGACAGCAAUACCCCCUGUCGAGCCAACGGACGUGGAAGUCGGACCUACAGCUUCUACGGUCAAGCAAGCAAGGGCCAUGGAGGAGCCACUCGGGCCGGAAGGCCCCCCUCCGUCUGCAUCAUCGACGGGUCCUGAGCUCCAGCUUGAUCCCUCGGAGGCGGCACUGCGUUAUCCCCCGACGGACAGCCUCUACGAUGGACGCACACAAGAGGAGCAAGCGCAGGAGCCUCCGCCCAUGACUAUAUACCAAGUGGACAUUGAGUCUCUACCUGAAAAGCCCUGGCGUCGUCCAGGUGCCAACUUGAGUGAUUGGUUUAAUUAUGGGUUUGACGAGCACACUUGGGCCUUGUGGUGUGCCAAAAAGAAUAUGAUGAGUGACGCACGAGCAGAUUUGGGAGCAGCGGACGAAGCACAGGUGCCAGGCAUGCCCGCUAUGCCUUUUAUGCCUCCCAUGGAGGGUUCUCAAGAUGCCUUUGCCGCCAUGUUUGGCCCCGGGGCUAUGAUGAGCAUGCCCUCUAUGCCGACAUGGCCAGGUAUGCAGGACGACGGGCAGUCCAAUGCCAUGGCUAUUCCACCAGUCAUGCCAGCGAUGCCGGGUGCCCCAUGGGGUGAGGUCCCACCUCCUGCGUCCGAGAUCGGAUCAUGCGCGCCGCAGGACGGCCAGCAUGAUGCGCGCCCCAGUGGUACAGACAUGCAAGAGCCUCGCCACGAACGCCGGGGCCGCCGCGGAGGACGGCGGCAUGGGCGCUCGGGCGGGAGCGGCGCGCGCCGUGCUGAGCACGAAGAUGACAAUGCCCGUUCUCAAGGGCCCUACAAUGACCGCGACACGGCGCAUGGUGCAGGUGAUACUCUCGACUAUGGUGUACGCCCAGAGGAAUCUCAAUGGCACCGCGGCUCGCCGCGGCGAACUGACCAUGAUGGUGACGAUGACGCGUACGAUCCGGAGCAUUUUGGUCGACCGCCGCCCCAGCAACAUGGCCAUCGUGACCGUCCAAGUCGACGAGAGCGCGAGCGUGCAAGGCACGAGCGCCGCUCUGGUCGUGGCGGGCAGAAGCGAGGGCCACCGGAGGGUGCAGAUGAUGGAGGCGACUACGCCUCGAAGCGGUUCCACGGAGGUCGCGGGCCAUAG